ACCACUGCAUUAGUAUCCAUAACCCAACAAUGAUGGCGACAACCCGAGCUUUCCAGUUCACAAAAACUAUUUGAAUAUCAAGAUUUUUGGGCAUGUAUUCUUUUCCGCUUUUCUUCUAUUUGGGAGAUGUUCAUGGCGUUAAAUCAUAUCAUAUGCAUCGGAAAGCUUUCUUCAUUCUGAACCAAUCUCCAAACAGGGCUUAUGGAGGAUUUGCCAAAUACAACAUAGAAUCAGGUUUCAUGGAAACAACAUUUCUACUCCUCGCAGUGGAGGUAAGGUUCUGUCAAUACGGGUUUAUACAAAAACUAAAAUUGACCCUACUCAUGCACAAUGACCUUGAGGAGACUCGAAAUAGUGACCUAUCGGAGGAGCCCCAGGGCCUAGCCUUUGUUUCUGGCCUCAAGAUGACUAAGCGACUGUGAUCACAUGUUUAUAUGGUUUUCAAAUGCCUAUUUUUUGGUUAAGGUUGUGUAUUAUGCAUGAACAAUGGUCUUUGAUGUCUGUUUGCAUAAUCAUUGAACUUCUUUUUAAGUAUGUAAUAUUUAUAUACGACAAAUUAAACCUACACACACUUUUCGUCUUUGGUAAGACUUGA